AUGCUUCGCGAAGGAGCGGGUUUAGUCGUUCCAGAUGACAAUUACCAGCCCGAUGGCCUAACACCCGAAGCUACUGAGGAUGGCACACUGUCACUGAAGCGACAAGCCUCGACCGCGUCCACACCGGCACCUUCUGCGACCGUCCUGGAAUGCUUCCAGGUCGCGCAGCCGGUUCUGACGCCUCAUGGCGCCUCGUACCAGUCCACCAACAGUGAUGGCUCGACGGUCGUGGUAGACGCACCCGACUCAGAGGCGAGGAAGGGCUCUUGCACCGUUUUGCUAAUGGAGCAUGUGUUUGCAUGGAGUUAUGGCAUGCCCUUUAUUGGUAAGGUCUUGUCAGCCUUGAACAUGUCUAUAGAAGAUCCCCUAAUCGGGACGUCAAUAUUAGGAAAUUAUACCCCGCCAAGUUGCGAGUUCAAUAGAGUUGUCAUGAAUUUCACCGUUGUCUCCCAAGGCCGACAGUUUGACCGCUUAGCUCUGAUGUAUAUGGGUGAUACCGAGGUCUGGCGGACGUCAACGGCCGAGCCCACGCAGCCGCCUGGCAUCCGCUGGGUCUACAUGAAAGAUAUGACCGAGUAUCUCUACUUCUGGAAGCAGCCCCAGAAGAUCAUCUUUGACUUGGGUAACCUGAUUGACGACAAGUACACUGGCUCUUUCAACACCACUCUCACGGCGACCUUCUUCAAGGCUGAUGUUGACACUGGUGCGGCUCCUCCAAGUGACCUAAUCAUUCCAAUCUCUGCUCGGAAAGGUUCCGCCGACGCCGUGAGCCAGUUCACCUUGCCCCAGGACAAUGCUACAAACACAAUCAGCUUUCCUCAGAACGCGAAUAGAGCUGUCUUCUCCGUCUCAGCGAAUGGACAAGCAAGCGAAGAAUUCUGGUGGAGUAAUGUCCUCCAGAGCGAUGUCUACGCCUUCAACUCCACGGCUGGGGCUUUCCCGGGCUACAGCCCCUUCCGCGAGGUGCAGGUGUUUAUAGAUGGACAACUGGCGGGCGUCCAAUGGCCAUUCCCGGUUAUCUUCACCGGUGGUGUCGUCCCCUCACUUCAUAGGCCGAUUGUGGGCAUCGAUGCUUUUGACCUCCGAGAACACGAAAUUGACAUCACUGCGUGGCUGCCUUACCUGUCUGACGGCGCGGAGCAUACCUUCUCCAUCAAUGUUGUAGGAUUGGAUGAUGAUGGCUCGACUGGUGCUGCCAUCACUAGCCCUGUUGGAAGUAGCUGGUAUGUGACCGGGAAGAUUUUCGUUUGGCUCGAUGACGAAGACUCCGUAACAACGGGAGACGUGCCAACGAUCCAAGCCUCAGCCCCGGCCAUCACCGUAUCGCAAUCGGCGACCCAGAACUCAACGGGUGCUAAUGAGACUCUUACGUAUGAUACAGCUGUUCAGCGCACAUUCUCGGUCAGCGCCAAGGUGGUGUCCCAAAAGUCAUCCGAGGUAGUCUCAUGGUCUCAAACACUCUCAUAUUCAAACAAGGGCUACGUCUCGGCCUUUGGCUACGACCAGAUCAACGACUUCCUCAUCAGCGGCAGCGACGUGCUCUCCGGGCCCGUCACCUACAAGACGAACUACAAGUAUCCGCUCUGGUGCAACUCGUCCUACUCGCAGACCGAGCAGGGCAACCUGACGAUCCACGCGCGCCUCAUCCAGGGCCUGGACCUACAAGUGCAGGGCGCCGCCGUCUUCCCCACGGGCCUCGAGGCCUUCGCCGCCGGCGUGCGGCGGACGGCCGGCCGCAAGUUCAAGGGCGGCUCGCUGCUGAGCACGAGCCGCGACGGCACCGCGGCCUUCUUCCAGACGGGCGACGGCAAGAACAGCUCCGGCUACGGGACGACGAACCAGGUGUUCCACUUCGGGGGCGUCAGCGGCGCGGGCGCACUCGGCAGCGCCCUGGACGUGGAGCUCUACUUCCGCAACGUGACGGCGGUCAAUGGCACGGUCGUCUACGACGACGAGAAGGUCGCCGAUGUCCACACGGCUGGAUACCAUGGGAAGACGGGCCCGGCGAUGGGCAACUUCAGGGGCUUGUAUGCGCAGGCGCCUGUUGAUGGACAGGGCCCGAGGGCGUUCAUGGGCAGACAGGACGCAAUAGGGGACCAGUAA